AUGGCCACUCAGAAGACAUUGUUAAUUUCAAGAACACCUAGACCAGUGAUUGUUAACCUGUGGAGUUCUCAGGUGUUCUGGGGUUACAGAAAGUUGAAGCCACUGCAUUUGGUCUUCAGCCUCUGGGUUUUUAUAGGAUGCUUCUUGUCUGGUGAGUGUUACAGAGGCCACAGAGGGCAACAUUAUCCUACAAGACCAGUAGCUCCUUCAACUCCUCCUUUUCAUCUUUAUCUUCAGCCUGAUCGCAAUCCUGUACAGAUUGUUCAACCAGGCAAUAUCCCCAUUUUCAUGUUUGAACAACCAUAUUCUGUUCCUCUUCCUUCUUUAUACCUUGGAAUAGAAUUUGAAAAACUAAUUUCCACUAUUGAAUUUGAUUAUCCUUAUAAAACAAUUCCUCCAUUAUCCUAUACCUCCAAGCAAUCCUAUUUUAAUUGUUCUCAGAAAAAAUCAAAUGCAAAGCCAGCUGCCAAUAUCUCCAUAACACCUGCUAUUGCCCCAAAAUUUACUGAAAGCUUUUGA